UCAGAAUGCCGCUUUACCCGGAAGCUGGUGCAAAAUCCGAGAUGCGCGGAAUAGAGCUUUCGCCAGGUCUUGACAGAAUUGUCGCCAACAUUGGACAAGUGCCUCCGGAUCUCUUUGCACAAACAUGUCAGCAGAUUGCGAGUCAACUUCAAGGGUGCACCCAAGGAGUCGAUGUGACGGAAAUCCACGAAACAUAUCAGAAAGCGGGAGUACCACUGGACUACGAAGCCCUCCAGGAAAUUAUAAAACUGCUCUCAUUUGAUUUCAGGUCAGCAGCGAAGAAGAAUUUGACUGCAGAGCAGUUGGUGGCCAAGCUUAGUCAGAGCAGCAGUGUGUGGAACAAAAGUGCCUUGCAGGUUGUGCACAAGCUGUGGAGUGAGCAGGGUGCGCUUGUGCACUCCUACCAGGAGGCCCAGAUCAUGAUGAGUGUGGGUCAGCUGGUCGAUGUGCAGUGGAAACUGGGGAUGGCUGUCAGUUCAGACAGCUGCCGCUCCCUCAACUCCCCGUAUGUCUCCAUGUUGCUGAAGAUUGCAGAAACCUCUGGGCAGAUAUCAACCAAGUGUUUUGAAAUGACAGUUCCACAGUUUCAGAACUUAUUCAGACAGUUCAAGGAAAUUGCAGCAGUUCUAGAAACUGUAUGAUCCUGGAAGGGGACCUUCCAUGGAUGUACUCGCUGUGUCUGACCAUAACCUACCUGAAAAAGUGAACAGUGGAUAUUCGUUUCGUAUUCGUUUUCCGCCGAAAGUCUUUAUUGUCUUGGAAUUAAAACCCUUUUAUAGACAUUUUCAUUUUUUUGUGCUUUAUGGGUGUCAGUUUCCACAAUUACCUGACCAUAGGCAGAAGCCCCUCUGUUUAAUCAUAUAAAGAUAAAAUCUUGAAGUCAGUCAGUGUUAUUGCCAUUCCACCUAUGUGUUUUUGGAAUAGGUUUUUCUAGACAGCUGGUAGUGUAGUGGUUAGAUCUACUUCUUUUGGACCCAAAGCUUGCAGGUUCGAUU